AACAAGAACAUCAACAACAGCAACAACAACAGCAACAACAACAGUAGCAACAACAGUAACAACAACAGCAACAACAACAGCAACAACAACAACAGCAACAUCAACAACAGCAACAACAACAACAGCAACAGCAACAAGAACAGCAACAACAACAACAGUAACAACAACAGUAACAACAACAACAGCAACAACAACAUAAGCAACAACAACGACGCCAACAGCAACAACAACAACAGUAACAACAGUAGCAACAAGAACAGCAACAACAACAGCAACAACAUCAACAGCAACAACAACAACAGACACAGCAACAACAGUAACAACAGCAACAACAACAACAGCAACAACAACGGCAACACCAACAACAACAAUAAUAGCAACAGCAACAGCAACAGGAACAGCAACAGCAACAACAACAACAACAACAGGAGCAGCAACAACAGUAACAGCAACAACAACAGCAACAAAAACAACAACAACAACAACAGCAAACGCACCAGAAGCAACAGUAACAGCAAAAACAACAGCAACACAAACAACAACAACAACAGCAUCAACAGGAACAGCAACAACAGCAACAACGACAGCAACUACAACAGCAACAAC